GAUUCAAUCUUAUGUAUUUGCUGUUUUAAGAACUUUAUACUCUAGAGAAGUAAAUUAAUGUCUACACAUUCAAAUCACCCUUUCCAUUUAGUUGAUUAUAGUCCAUGAUAUUUACCAGGGCUAUUGAGCAGUACCAGAGCAAUGACAACGGUAACAGGUGAGCGUAACAGGUGAUUUCAUCAAUUAUUUUAUGCUAUUAUUAUUUUUAUGGUUUAUCAAUGAAGACGAGAAGUAUCACGAGGCGGAACAUAUAAGCAACGAUUGCAUACAUACGCAACUAUUGGUUAAAGUUAAGGAAUAAUUUUAUUUAUCAGAAGUUUUAUUGUGCUAUAUUUUUUUUUUUUUUGAGCAUUUUUUCAUAGAAGCCUAUCUCCAGCAAUUGAAUUAGGAGCUUCAUGACCUCCUAUGGGAAUUAUUUCAUUUAAUCCAUUUCAAAUUCCAUUACUAAAUACAUUUAAAUUAUUGGCUUCAUAUGUUACUGUAACUUGGGCUCAUUAUAGAUUAAUUGAAAAUAUUCAUUCACAUGCUACUCACAACUUAUCCUUAUCACAACAAUCCUGA